UAAUUUUCAUUAGUUGAACCAAACGUCCCAGAAAUUCCUCACACACACUGCUUCUGGUUCUGUCUAUCAAACACCGCGACUUCAAGAGCAAUUCUCUGCAAGAAUACCCGAUUCCAAAAAUGGCGGAUAGUAGCUUUGCUUCUCAGAAAAGGGAGCCCAUCAAAUCUUCAGUUGGGAAUUCAGCUUCACAACGUAGACGGCAGAGUGCAGUGGCUGUGGCUAAAGAAAGGAGAGAAGCACUUGUUAGAACGAAGCGGCUUUGCAGGGUGGGGAUUACUGGUGAUGAUGAUGGUGGCGAGCCUGAUACUGAAAUGAUACUUGAUGAGGAACAGUCAAUUCUUGAAGCUCAAACUUCCUCAGCUGUUGAAGUAUUGAAAGCUGCCAUUGCCUAUCAGGGAAAGGGUGCACAGAUGAAGAGGGUCAGUGCCUUACGUGAGUUAAGACGUUUAUUGUCUAGAUCAGAGUUACCCCCUGUUGACGUGGCGCUUAAAGCUGGAGCUAUACCAGUUCUUGUGCAGUGCCUUUCAUUUGGUUCUCCAGAUGAGCAGUUACUUGAGGCUGCUUGGUGUCUCACAAACAUUGCUGCAGGACUGCCAGAAGAGACAAAAUCUCUGCUCCCUGGAUUGCCAUUGCUUAUUGCACACCUUGGAGAGAAGAGUUCUUUGCCAGUAGCUGAGCAGUGUGCAUGGGCAUUAGGGAAUGUUGCGGGUGAAGGAGAGGAUCUCAGAAAUGUUUUGCUCUCACAAGGAGCAUUGUUACCUCUCGCAAGAAUGAUUCUUCCAGACAAGGGAUCGACUGUGAGGACUGCAGCUUGGGCUCUGUCAAAUCUUAUUAAGGGUCCAAAUCCCAGAGCUGCAACUGAACUCAUCAAGAUAGAUGCUGUACUUGAUGCAAUUAUUCGGCACUUGAGAAAAUCAGAUGAGGAAUUGGCAACUGAAGUCACUUGGGUGGUUGUGUAUCUUACUGCUCUUUCGAACGUUGCAUCAAGUAUGUUGAUUAAGGGAAAUCUUGUUCAUGUUCUUGUGGAAAGAUUGGAAGCAUCUAACAAUUUGCAGUUGCUUAUACCGGUGUUGAGAAGUUUGGGUAAUCUUGUUGCUGGUGAUGCGAAUUUAGCUUCUACAGUUCUUGUCGCUGGAAGUGAAGUUACAGAUAAAGUAAUAGCCGCUCUUUCUAAAUGCCUCGGGAGUGAGCACCGUGUGCUUAAAAAGGAGGCUGCAUGGAUGCUUUCUAAUAUUGCAGCAGGUUCCACUGACCACAAGAAAUUAGUGUAUUCAAGUGAGGCCAUACCAUUGCUAUUACAUCUUCUUUCAACUUCACCAUUUGAUGUAAGGAAAGAAGUAGCCUAUGUCCUUGGUAAUAUAUGUGUGGCCCCAGCAGAAGGUUCUGGUAAGUCAAGUCUGAUCGUGGAGCACCUGGUUUCAUUAGUUAGAAGAGGAUGUCUUCCCGGUUUCAUUGAACUUGUCCGAUCUGCCGAUAUGGAGGCUGCGAGAAUGGGUUUGCAAUUUAUUGAGCUGGUAUUGAGAGGAAUGCCGAAUGGCGAGGGACCGAAGCUUGUUGAAAGCGAGGAUGGCAUUGAAGCCAUGGAACGAUUUCAGUUUCAUGAAAAUGAGGACCUCAGAAAUAUGGCAAAUGGCUUGGUUGAUAAAUAUUUUGGUGCGGAUUAUGGGCUUGAAGAAUAGCCUUGGAGGAUCCGAGAGCGAAGACACGAUAUAUUCAGAAUGAAAUCUUGCUUUUUAGGAUGUUUCAUUUUGGCGGGGCAGGUUAAGUUGGAGACCUGCCCUUCAUCCGCCCCAACUAGGAGGGGAUGGAUGUAGGUUUGGCGAGGGAUGAGGAUGGCGAUAGAAACACAAAGUCAUACCGCUAUGGCCUAUGGGUGAUGGUGGGUAUGGAUUUUAAGGUGCAUCAGUCUCGCACCUAUGCCACCCGUUUGAGAAAAAUAUUGUUUUAAAUAUACUUUAAAUAGUUUAUCUCAUUUUCGUAUUUUAUUUGAUUUUAUAAUAAAUGAUAUAAAUUUCAACUAUACUAAAACAAAGGUCCCUAGACCAACAAAUCCGCUCUUUUGACAUACCCUAAUUAAAUGAAUGAACUUAUUAAUUUA